AUGGGAUCUACAGGUGCACAACAGGAUCGAAAAAUCCCCUCACUUCCCACUCAGGCCUCACGCCGUAUCCAUUGCCACCAGUCAGCCGUUCGAGCUGCUCGAUUCAAUUCGGACGGGAUGUACUGUAUGACGGCCGGUGGGGACAAAACAAUCAAGCUGUGGAACCCGUAUACGUGUCGCUUGUUGAAAACAUACACGGGCCAUGGAGGUGAAGUGUCUGACGUUCAGGCAGGGGCGGAUAACAGUCAGCUUGGAUCCGGGGGUACUGACUGUCUGGUCAUGUUGUGGGAUGUGAGUACCGGCCAGUCGGUUCGUCGAUGGCGUCGACAUGCUGGUCGUGUAAAUGCCGUACGAUUUGCUGCACCCUUCCAGCGUUCCGAAAGCGGGUUACCUAGUCCUAUUUUGAUUUCUGCUGGAGUGGACGGAAUGGUUUUAGUUUGGGAUGCCCGGGCCCGAACGCCUUAUCCAGUCCAGGUAAAAAACAUUGUUUAA